GUCAAAUAAAAUUCAUUAAAUUUCUCUCUUCUUCUUUUUCUUCUUCUUAAAACCUCUAUAUAGAAGAAGAAGUUGGCAAUUUUUUUUAAAAAAAAAAUGUGGUUUUGGGAAUGGCAAUAUAUGAAGAUGAGGUUAUUAUUAAUAUGCAUAUUUUUUUUGUUAUUAUUAUCUUUGGAAAUUGAUGGAUUUUCAGAAGAAGAAGAAAGAAGAAGUAGAUUAUUAUUUGAAGUUAUUGAAGAAAAGAAUAAAGGUAAUAAUAUCCGUACAAUCAGAGUAGAUCAAAAUUCAGGUGAUCUUCAUGGCAAUUUCAACACAAUACAAUCUGCCAUUAACUCUGUUCCUUCUUAUAACAAGCAUUGGGUUUUAAUCUCAAUUAAGGCUGGAAUUUACAGGGAGAAGAUUGUAAUUCCAAGUGAUAAACCAAUGAUAAUUUUGCAAGGAGAAGGAAAGAGUAGAACACAAGUAAUUUUGGAUAAUCAUGAAUCACUUGCUCAAAGCCCUACUUUCACUUCUUCUGCUCAUAAUAUUAUUGUCAGAAUGAUGGGUUUUAGAAAUUCAUACAAUGAUAGAAGGAAUAAUAAGAGAAUUCCAGCAGUGGCAGCAUUGAUUUCAGGAGACAAGAAUAAGUUUUAUAAAUGUGGAUUUUAUGGAUUACAAGACACUUUGUGGGAUGAUCAAGGUAGACAUUUUUAUGAAAAUUGCACCAUUGAAGGUGCUGUCGAUUUUAUCUUUGGGGGCGGCCAAUCGAUUUUCCAGGGAUGUAACAUAUUAGUAAAAGGAAGAUCACUUGAGAGAGGUUUUGUGGGAUUUAUUACAGCACAAGGGAGAACAAAUAGUAAUGAUGGGAGUGGAUUUGUGUUCAAAAAUUGCAAUGUUAAUGGAAGUGGUAAAGUGUUCUUAGGGAGACCAUGGAGACCCUAUUCAAGAGUACUCUUUUACAACUCAUAUUUAUCAAAGGUUGUUGUCCCUCAAGGUUGGAAUGCUUGGAAUUCUAUUGGCCAUGAAAACCAAUUGACUUUUGCGGAGAACGGUUGUUAUGGGCCGGGUUCAGAUACUUCUCGACGAGUGGGCUGGGAGAAAAAAUUAAGUCAAUCGGCUCUCAACAAUAUGAUUAGUGAAAGCUUCAUUGAUAAUGAAGGUUGGCUUCACUCUAUGCCAUUCUAAUUCAAAUUCACUUUUGUAAUAAAAAAGUGGUUUAAUUUUAUAAAAUAUUAUUUAAUUUUCUUAUUAAUCUAUUCUUGAAUCAAAAAAAAUAAUUGUGAUAAUGACAUUGAUUGUUAAAUGUAAAAAAUUUACUUGUAAAAAGUUAAUAAAGAUGUAUAGCAAGAUAAAUAAUUGUUUGGACUAUUUGUUUCGAAAAAUAUUUUUGUGAACUUCACAUGUUAUACAUUUGAUCAAAAUAGUCGCAUGUUAAUGUAACAAUUAACAAUAUGCUUUUAUUUAGGGAGUUAUCAUCAAUUGGGAAAAAUGUAGUGUGAAAGAAAAAAAAAUGAUAUUCAAAAAUAUUUUCACUAAAGUUAGUUUCAUGAAACUAUUUUUAAUUUUAUCUAAUUUAAAGAAAUAAAAUAUGGGGUAAAAAAAACUUCAAAACAAAAAGGUAACUAGUCUUAGGAAAAAUUAUUAGACAGUACCAAUAUAGUAUUAGAAAUUUAUGUAGUAAACUCCCUAAAGUGGUAUUCUCGUAGACUCCCUUUCGAUAUCCAUGAGAUUAGUCUAAUUUUUUUUUAUGAUCGCAUAUAUUGUAGCUAUUUAAGACCACUCUGAAUGUCGAAAAUAAAAUUAAACAGUUAUUUACCAUAUGUAUAAAAAAAAUAGUCGUGUAUCCAACAAAAUAUGUAAAUUUUAUUUUCAAUAUUAUAAACUACUCAAAAUUCUUUCAAAAUUAUUCCUUUAGUUUUAUAUAUCAAUAUUUUUAGAACUUUUUUGAGAAAAAAAAUGUUUUAAAUUUUUUUUAUAAGUUAAAAACUAAAUUAAAAUUUUAAUAACUAAAUAUUUUUCCAAUUUAGCAAAUUAUGGACUUCACCACAAAUUAUCCUGAUAAAAACAUUAUUGAAAAAGGUAUUGCUCUACAAUAAGGUGGCGUCGUACAAAUAAUUAACGU